UCUAGAUUGUUAUUUUGUGUCAUUAAGUCAUCCAUAAAGUGCCAACAUGGGAAAGAAAAGGACAAAAGGAAAAACUGUUUCAACUGAUGCUUCUUCUGAAUCUUUAGAACCUACGUGUAGACACAUCAGAAAAGGCUUGGAACAAGGCAAUUUGAAAAAGGCUUUAGUGAAUGUGGAAUGGAAUAUUUGUCAAGACUGUAAGACGGACAAUAAAGUAAAUGAUAAGUCUGAAGAGGAAACAGAAGAAAAUCCUUCAAUUUGGCUAUGUCUUAAAUGUGGCCACCAGGGUUGUGGCAGAAAUUCUCAGGAGCAGCAUGCCUUGAAGCACUAUAUGACACCAAGAUCUGAACUUCACUGCCUCGUUCUUAAUUUAGACAACUGGAGUGUGUGGUGUUACAUAUGUGAUGAGGAGGUCCAGUAUCGUAGUUCAAAUCGAUUGGGUCAAGUGGUUGAUUAUAUUAGAAAACAAGCCAGUAUUAUGCCUUCAAAAUCAGCAGCAAAAGAUGAGAACAUUGAGCUUGAAAAUAAAAAAUUAGCAAAAGAGAGUAAAAAUGAACAAGAAAGAGAAAAAAAAGAAAACAUGGCUAGAGAAACUCCUAUGAAUUCUACUUCUCAGAUGACUGUGAAAGGCCUCAGUAAUUUGGGAAAUACAUGUUUCUUCAAUGCAGUUAUGCAGAAUUUAUCACAAACACCAGUACUUAGAGAGCUACUGAAAGAAGUAAAAAUGUCUGGAACAAUUGUGAAAAUUGAACCACCUGAUUUGGCACUAACUGAACCCUUAGAAAUAAACCUUGAUCCUCCAGGACCUCUUACUUUGGCCAUGAGCGAGUUUCUUAACGAGAUGCAAGAAACCAAAAAGGGAAUUGUGACACCUAAAGAACUCUUUUCUCAGGUCUGUAAAAAGGCAGUGCGGUUUAAAGGUUAUCAACAGCAAGACAGCCAGGAGUUGCUUCGCUAUUUGUUGGAUGGAAUGAGAGCAGAAGAACACCAGAGAGUGAGUAAAGGAAUUCUUAAAGCAAUUGGUAAUUCUACAGAAAAAUUGGAUGAAGAACUAAAAAAUAAAAUAAAAGCUUAUGAAAAGAGAAAAUCAGGACCGAGCUUUGUGGAUCGCAUUUUUGGUGGUGAACUGACGAGUGCAAUAAUGUGUAAUGAAUGUAGAACUGUCUCCUUGGUUCAUGAAUCUUUCCUUGAUUUGUCUCUCCCAGUUUUAGAUGAUCAGAAUGACAAGAAAAGUAUAAAUGAUAAAAAUCUAAAAACAAUGGAGAAUGAAGAUAAAGACAAUGAGGAAGAAAAAGAUAAUGACAGUUACAUGAAAGAUAGAAAUGAUAUUUCUUCAGGAACAAGUAAGCACUUACAGAAAAAGGCCAAGAAGCAAGCCAAGAAGCAAGCCAAGAAUCAACGAAGACAACAAAAAUUUCAAGGAAAAGUUCUUCUUUUAAAUGAUAUUUGUGCUGUUGACCAUCAAGAAGAUAAUGAAUGUAAUACUGAAGUAUCACUUCAAGGGGAAAUGGAUGCUAGAUCCAACCAUAUAUCACAAGAAGAAGUUGUUGAUAAAGAAAAUAGUGCUAAUCAAAAAGAUUUGAAUGGCCAGGAAAAAAUGAUAGAAACUGUAACUGACAAUCAGAACUUCAUUGAGGAAGUGGUUGUGAAUAGUCUCAGUAUGGAUAAUGGAUUGGAGGUCUUUGCAUCUUCCCCUACUGAAUACACUAAGAAUUUGAACAGUGUCUACCUGAAGGAAGAGAGUGAUGGAGAACUGGACAUUUCCAAUGACUUUAAAAACCUUAAAUUGAAUGCUGCUGUUCAACCUGAGGAAAUAAAUAUAGAGAUUCUGAAUGACAGUCAUACUCCUGAGACAAAGAUUUAUGAGGUUGUAAAUGAAGACCCAGAAACUGCCUUCUGUACUCUGGCCAAUAGAGAGGCUUUCAGAACUAAUGAGUGGUCAGUCGAGCAUUGUUUAUAUCAGUUCACCCAUAAUGAGAAACUUCGAGAUGCCAAUAAACUGCUUUGUGAAGUAUGCACACGGAGACAGUACAAUGGACCAAAGGGAAAUGUGAAAGGUGAAAGGAAACAUAUUUACACUAAUGCCGAGAAGCAGAUGCUGAUCUCUCUUGCUCCUCCUGUCCUCACUCUUCACUUAAAGAGAUUUCAGCAGGCUGGUUUUAACCUUCGCAAAAUUAAUAAACACAUCAAAUUUCCGGAAAUCUUAGAUUUGGCUCCUUUUUGUACCCUUAAAUGUAAGAAUGUUGAAGAAAAUACAAGAGUAUUGUAUUCCUUAUAUGGAGUUGUUGAACACAGUGGCACAAUGAGGUCUGGACAUUAUACUGCCUAUGCCAAGGCAAGAAAUACAAAUAGUCAGCUCUCUAAUCUUGUUCUCCAUGGUGAUAUCCCACAAGAUUCUGAAAUGGAAUCAACGAAAGGGCAGUGGUUUCACAUCAGCGACACACAUGUGCAAGCUGUGCCAACAACUAAAGUACUCAACUCCCAAGCAUACCUUCUAUUUUAUGAGAGGAUACUGUAAUAAUCCUCAAGUGUUCUCCAGAAACACAUUUUAUAAAAAAUGAAGACUAACUCUUCAUUAUGCUUACUUAAAACUAAGAACAUGUCAGAAGAAAACAUGUUUAUUUAAAUAUGGAAGGGAAAAAUAUAUAAACAUUUACAAUGGUUUUGUAUUAUCAUAGCGGUUUUUACCAGUUUCUGGAAAGGCAAUCUUG